AUGAUCGCACUAUCUCUUCUGCAAUUCAUUCCAAAAUGGACAUGUUGGUUGCUUGUGAUUGACAUCGCUAUAUGGGAUGUGAUUGCCGUCCUUACACCAUGUGGCCCACUGAGAAUGCUGGUUGAAUUGGCCGAAAAGCGAGACAAGGACAUUAUGCCAGCAAUGAUCUACACGGGAUCCAUGACCUUUUCACCAACAAGCUCAUCCGAAACUCAGCAGAUAGCUGGCAAGUCAAGCCCACCGGGGGAAGCAUUGAAGAAGAAUGUGAACAGGACGGCCGAAUCGUUGCGCAUGCCCAAUCUCAGCGUUUCGGAUGAGGAGGACGGUUUGUGUAUCAUCGCAUACUUUUCAAGUAGGGAAAUUCGGGAAACGGGACAAUACAACUUCCGUUAA